GAGCCGGUGGUGCUGACAGAUACGAAUCUGGUUUAUCCUGCUCUGAAAUGGGACCUGGACUACCUCCAGGAAAACAUUGGCAAUGGGGACUUCUCGGUGUAUAGUGCUAGCACACACAAGUUUUUGUACUAUGAUGAGAAGAAGAUGGCGAAUUUUAAGAACUUCAAACCCAAGUCAAGCAGGGAAGAGAUGAAGUUUGCUGAGUUUGUGGACAGACUCAAGGAAAUACAACAAAAAGGGAGUGCUGAGAGGCUAUAUCUGCAGCAAACACUGAAUGAUACAGUUGGAAGGAAGAUCGUGGUGGAUUUCCUUGGUUUCAAUUGGAAUUGGAUUAACAAGCAGCAAGGGAAACGUGGCUGGGGUCAACUGACUUCAAACUUGCUUCUUAUUGGUAUGGAAGGGAAUGUGACACCAGCUCAUUAUGAUGAGCAGCAGAACUUCUUUGCUCAGAUUAAGGGUUACAAGAGGUGUAUCCUGUUCCCUCCUGAUCAGUUUGAAUGCCUCUACCCUUAUCCUGUGCACCAUCCGUGUGACAGACAGAGCCAGGUGGACUUUGACAAUCCUGACUAUGAGAAGUUUCCAAACUUCCGGAGCGUGGUUGGCUAUGAGACAGUGGUGGGUCCAGGGGAUGUGCUGUACAUACCCAUGUACUGGUGGCACCACAUUGAGUCUCUCCUGAAUGGGGGAAUUACCAUCACUGUGAACUUCUGGUACAAGGGUGCCCCAACCCCAAAGAGAAUCGAAUAUCCAUUAAAGGCUCAUCAGAAAGUGGCUAUAAUGAGGAACAUUGAGAAGAUGUUGGGAGAAGCCUUAGGAAAUCCACAAGAGGUGGGUCCCUUGUUGAAUAUGAUGAUUAAGGGACGGUAUGACUAAUGCCUGGCUGCCCUGGGUGACUGAUGUUGGAGCUGCUUUGUUCACAAGCAAUGGAAGAUACUGAACGCUAGUAUUGCACGCGGCACUUAACAGACUGAUGGGUUUCCUGGCCCAUCUCUGCCCCACUACAAUAAGGGGGGCCACUGGAACUGCAAAACCGUUAGUACCCCAUUCAUCCUCCACUCUCACCUAACGGAACCUCCCAAGAAAGAGUCUGCACUUACUGGAAGCUGGAUUCAUGCUCACUAACUUUUUGUUUUUUCCCUCUGCCCUGUUUGCCACAACAAGGAGUGUGGCAUUUGGUACUCGGAUGUGUUGCUUCAAGAUUUUCAGGCAUUUGAAGAAGAGCUUGGAGGAGAACCAGGAGUUACCUUGUUCCCUCAGCCUUGUGGGGUUUGGACCUUCCAGCUGGGUUUGUGUUGGUGCUUGCAGGUGGAUAUAAGAUGGGAAGUGAUGGGUCUCACAGUCCUCUGUUACUAGAGGACCUGUCCAUGCUCAAAUCUGGCACCUUUUUUUGUAUAACGGAAUCAAACAUGUGAGAUGGCCUGUGUGUG